AUGACCAGCAAAACAAUGAAAGAGCCAAGAGUACCUGGUCCUGGCGCUUUAGAUUCCAUGGAAGAGAUUCCCGAAAGACUCGAUGAGCAACACGAAACCACGACCAAGAUCCUGGGCUUUCUCAUCCACCCAAACAUCCCCGUGACGUCACCCACUCUCAAAAUCGCCGACGUCGGUGCCGGCACGGGCGUAUGGCUGCUCGACGUCGCCCGCUCCCUGGCGCCAACGUGCCAGCUCACCGCAUACGACAAAACCCCCUCGGCCUUCCCACCACCCAGCAGCCGGCCGCCCAACGUCUCCUUCAAGGUCCAGGACAUGUACGCCCCCUUCCCGGCCUCUGAGCUGGGCACCUACGACCUCGUCGCCGUCCGAUUCGUCAGCAGCGCCAGCACCCGUGCCGACUGGGCCCGCGCCGUCGACAACCUGACGACGCUGCUCCGGCCCGGCGGCUGGCUGCACUGGAUCGACAGCUGCAACUUUGCCCUGUACAGCUCGGCGCCCGGCACCUCGCGCGCCGCCUGCCAGGCGAUAUACGACGGCCUGGAUCCCUUUCGUCCCGGGCCUUCUGGCGUCGACGGUCCCGUCAUCGGCCUCAUGAUGCGCGAGUCUCGCAACGUGCGCAGGCCAGACGUCUUCCGGGAGGCGGGGCUGGUCGACGUGCACGAGGACGUCUUCUCCACGGAUAGGCUGCAGGACCCCGGGCUGGGAUUCAGGGACAAGGGCACCAGGAACAUCAUGGACUGCUUCCUGGGGUGUUUGGAGGAGCUUGUCGCGGUCGAGGGGAGCGGAUGGACCAAGGAGAGCAUCGAGAAUUUGCGGGCCGAGGCCAUGGGCGAGAUCGAUGCGGGUGUAUAUCACACACUCGAUCAGGUCUGCAUUAUAGGGAGGAAACCAAGCCAGAGCUGA